ACCACCAAAUGUUUUUAUUUGACUUUGAAGUUUUAACCUCACUUUGCGAUUUUACUAUUUGCGGUAUUCAGGAAUUAGAAAACCAUGGUGUGUAACGCAAGCUCAGUUCGCCAGCAAUUGGCGAACAUUAUUAACUCUGGCGGCUCCCAUAAAGAUCAAGCGGAAAAGUACCGUUUUAUGUUGGAAUCAAUUCUGGCCGAUGCCGGUACGGAGUUGGUCGAUUGUUUGCAAAUUUUCAUCGAAGCCAUCGUAAAUGAAAACGUCAGUUUAGUGAUAUCACGCCAAAUACUCACCGACGUAAGUUCACAUCUCGUUAAGUUACCAGAUGACAUUUCUCGCGCCGUUUCGCAUUACACCUUGGAGAAAGUUCAACCGAGAGUUAUUUCGUUUGAGGAACAAGUCGCCAGUAUACGUCAGCAUUUGGCCGACAUUUACGAGAGGAAUCAAAAUUGGAGGGAGGCAGCUGGAGUUUUGGUCGGUAUUCCGUUGGAAACUGGUCAAAAGCAGUAUACUGUCGAUUAUAAGUUGGAGACUUACUUGAAGAUAGCGCGACUGUACCUCGAAGACGACGAUCCUGUACAAGCGGAAGCUUUCAUUAAUCGAGCUUCGCUGCUGCAGGCAGAAUCGAAAAAUGAGCAACUGCAAAUCUAUUACAAAGUGUGCUACGCGAGAGUGUUAGAUUAUCGUCGAAAGUUCAUCGAGGCCGCCCAGAGAUACAACGAGCUGUCGUACCGUAACAUUAUUCACGAAGAUGAACGAAUGACAGCACUGCGCAAUGCUCUUAUAUGUACAGUGUUAGCAUCGGCGGGCCAGCAACGUUCCAGAAUGUUGGCAACACUGUUUAAGGACGAACGCUGCCAACAAUUACCGGCCGUCUCGAUCUUGGAAAAGAUGUAUUUGGAUCGUAUAAUUCGACGCAGCGAACUGAAAGAGUUCGAGGCUUUACUUCAGCCGCAUCAAAAGGCAACUACAGUGGAUGGUUCCACUAUACUCGAUAGAGCAGUUAUUGAGCACAAUUUGUUGUCGGCCAGCAAGUUGUACAACAACAUUACGUUUGAAGAGUUGGGGGCGUUGUUGGAGAUACAUCCAUUAAAAGCGGAAAAAAUUGCCAGUCAGAUGAUCACAGAAGGGAGAAUGAACGGAUAUAUUGAUCAGAUUGAUACAAUUGUUCAUUUUGAAACACGUGAAAUGCUUCCACAAUGGGAUAAACAAAUUCAAUCUCUCUGCUACCAGGUGAAUUCGAUCAUCGAGCUAAUAUCAAAAACUCAGCCUGAUUGGAUAAUAAAAGUAAUGGAAGAACAGAUGGUACACUAAUUUAAUUUUUUAUUUAUAACUUGUAUUGUUUAAAUGAUAUUUAAAUAAAUGUUCGUUCGGCAAUAGUGUGAGUUUGUUGCUUGCCUCCGGAACGCAUACAAGAAAAACAUUUGGAAAA